AUGCCUUCAAAAUUUAUAAAACAUCAGAUACAGGAUCUUAAGAAGGAACAAGAGAAUCAGGUUCAGCUUUUAAAGCAAAAGCAAAAGAGUGAUGAAGCAGCUAAACGGUUACAAGAUGAAAUACAAUUCAUCAAGGCUCAAAAGGUUCAAUUACAACAAAAGAUUAAACAAGAGGCUGAACAAUUUCGGGACUGGAAGGCAUCUCGAGAGAAGGAAUUGUUGCAGGCAAGUUUGAUUGUCGUUGUGAAGGGAAAGAUGUGUGGUUCGCUUGGAAGGCCAUUUGGGUGCUUAGGCAACUUUCGAGGCAGCUCUUCUUGGCGAACGGUUAUUUUGUUUUUUGUUUUGGCAUAG